GUUCCGAGUCCUCCAUCUCGGUAUGUGCCUUCGCCUUCGUCUCCCUGACCUUGCUCAUGCAAGCUGCAAGCCGCGGGGACUCCUCUGGCUCGCCGCGUUCUUAUUGGUCAGAUUCCUUGUGACGUUGCUAAAGAUUCUCAGCAGGGAGUUCCGCUUGACGCCCGCAUCCGUCGUCUGCUGUAGCGCCGCUUACACACGAAUUAUGCAAAAACUAUUCCGUCGAUCGGAAUGGGACUUUCAGAGUCAUGGUCAGUGAAGGACGGGGAAUCUCAUUUCACUGUGGUUUCGGAAUCGAUCUGUGGUCGAUGCGACUGUCCCUUUAAGGGCUAAACGCAUGGAGCGUUUUUCCGACGUUUUCAGGACGCGCGCGCGCUCGGCGUGCGUGUGACCUCGUAAAAACCAGUUUUUCAAAGCACGCGGAGGGCGUACGCCCGAAUCUGUUGACUACAGAUAUUCGCGCGCGUCUGGCCGCGUUUUCCGAGAAGUAGACAGAACCAUGGCCGUCGUGCGGCAGACAAGGUGGCGUAUCAGCAGUUCGCAUAAAUUUUUGGGACAUUAUCUAUCACACUAAAUUUACGUGAACAUUUUAAUGGUAUCUGGAAUGAAGGAACGCAGGAACCACAGGAAAGAGCAUCUGCAAGGUAAAUAUAGAUGGUGCGAAGCUUGCAUUGGCCACCACGUCUUCAAGGGCGGCCAUGAUAAAGACCGUCAGCACCAUCCAUCUGUUGCGGGGCAAACUACAAAUUCCGUCAUAAUGACGUCACCUGGUACGUCACCAUUACGUAUACACCAUUUUUUUAGGGUCAAUGGGAGAAGGGGAGAAUAGCCUGGAACCAGCUCCUUGCGGAGCUCCUUUCCUCCUCUCGGGCUGUGAAAUGUGGGCGUAGAUAGGGCACCUGCCAGCCUUUCUCGGUUACGUGCGUGAGAAUUAAGUAUUUUUUCGACGCUUCGGUGAAGUGACAGCAACGUGGUCAGGACGUGGCAUGUCAUACGCUCACGAGGGAUCGUCUGGGCACCAUUGUGUCGUUUUUGGGUGCACUAAUAACCAGCGAAAACGUAAACUGCUUUCGCAAGAGGUCUGCGCUGAGCAUAAUGUCCGGCGGGAUAGCUGUGGUUGCGGCAUGUUUGCGCUGCAUCGUUUCCCGGCUGACGAGCAGCUUCGACAGCAAUGGUUGGUAUCCAUCAACAGGAAGAACUUCGAGCCAUCGUCUUCUUCGGCGCGCGUGUGCUCGAAUCACUUUGUUGACGGAAAGCGUACUCCGUUGAAUCCGGUCCCCAUGCUGCACAUGGGGUACGCGAGGAAGGUUGGUGAACGGCGUGUUCGAUGUUCCCUCGGUAAUGCUGCGUUUCCAAGUUUGUGGACAUUUUCAGGUGUUAGUAGGAAGACGGCGCCUUGUCAGAGUGAGCUACGAACCACCAAAAAAGAAGCAAAAAGUAACGCUAAUGGUGCAAAAGAAAGGAAUCGGGAGCGGAGGUACAGCAGAUGAAGCGUUGCCUCAAGUUGUCCAGUGCGAACCUGAAGGCCACAUUGACAGCUGCGACAUGGAGCUCCCGUGCCCACAUAGAGAAGAAAGUGCGCAACCUGAUGUGUCCUCACUAAGUGAACUACAAAUACAAUACCGGGAAGGUUUCCAGGAAGCCGCAGCGACAAAUUCUUGCAACACACAGGAGGCUGCAUCUGAAGCACUGGAGGAUACAGACGAUCCCAUUGAAACAUCUCCUGUGAAGACUCCAGCAUCCUUUGAGCAAACGUGCCACGUGGCAGCUAAUGAAACCGUUCCCUUCUCUGCUGCUGCUGUUCAGGACACACCGACACAGCUCAUGGCAGAAGGUUUAGAAGGUACCGAUACCAGAAGAGAGGGAGUCCUUGGCAGCUCAUCUGGUGAUCAUGUAUAUGCCAAAUCAGCACUUCACCACAGUCCCCAGAGGCAUGCCAUGACCCAUGACAUGACACCUGAUGAUAUACAGUUCUACACUGGGCUCUCACAUGAGGUUUUCAUCAACUUGGUGCGUGCUGUUUCAGUAGUUGACCACAAGAAAGGGAGGCAGCUUACCCUGGAGGACCAGGUACUGCUAACCUUGAUGAGGUUACGGCUGGGACUAUUGCUUGGGCACCUCUCUAGGAUAUUUAAGGUGUCUGUGACCUGUGUUAGUAUGACAAUCAUUCGUACAGUGAACAAACUGUGCAAGGUGAUGGAGCACAUUGUUAUGUGGCUGCCUGCUUCUUACAUACAAAAUAGCAUGCCUGAAAGCUUCAAGGAGAAUGGAUACAGUAGUACAACGUGUAUCAUAGACUGCACAGAAGUUCCUCUGCAGCGACCAAAGAAACUGAUGGCCCGAGCCCAAACGUACAGUGCAUACAAGGCAAACAACACCAUCAAGUUUCUGACUGCUAUUGCCCCAAAUGGGUUCAUAAUGUUUGUCUCGCAAGCAUAUGGUGGCAGGGCGUCCGACAAGUACAUUAUGAGGGACUCUGGAAUAGAGGAGAAGCUUUCUAGAGGCGAUGAAGUAAUGGCAGACAGAGGGUUUUCUCUUAGCCUUCAUUUGCAGGUUGAAGGUGUGAAGCUGAACGUACCUGCUUUCACAAAAGGGAAAAAACAGCUCAGUGAGAAGGAAGUCACAGCAACAAGGAGGAUUGCGUCUGUGCGAAUUCACGUUGAGCGGGCAACUAAUCGUAUCAAGACAUACCCAAUCCUGCAGCAUCCCUUGCCAAUCAAGUCCAAGGAAUUAAUCAGCAAGAUUGUUUUUGUUUGUGCAGGUUUGUGCAACCUUAAGCCUCCACUAAUUAGAGGCCGUGAAACUGAAGCUGAAUAA